AACAUUCAGCUGAUUGGUCAGGAGAGUGAAGGGGGAGGAGUAAGCAACAUGACUUGACAAGUGAGGUAGUGUAUAUAGGACACUGCCAGACUCUCCUGUGGGGAUGAGUGAGACUACAGACGACCACCUGCUGUUCAUGUGUAAAUUGCCACCACACUAGAACUCCAGACAAACAUUGAGGAUAAUAUUUCCAUAAUUCAGCCUCGACCACCAGCAUGGAGAUCUCUGAUACAAAUGUCCUGCCAGUGGUUGGCUUCGGGUCAAUGGCCCAGUCAGCCGGACUUGUGGAGAUUGCCGUCAGGCUGUGCUUGAACCAGCGUAAACAACUGUGUCCUCACGUUUGGGUUCCCAUCCUGAAACCUCAGCGGCCGUGCCUCCGUGCUCAGGUGUCAGAUCAGCUGCCCUCUGACAUCCUGAGUCAAGCUUACCCAGCCCUCCCUUUCUCGUUCUUUCUGGACGACGACUUCGACGAUGAGGUUUUGAUCCCAAUUAAGAAUAAACAUGUGGUUUUCGCUGACUCAAGAGGAUUGUCCCUGACAGCUGUGCGAGAGUUUUCCGAUGAAGAGGAGCAGUCCGACCUCAACCUACUGCCGUCACUGCCUGACAUGGGAAGCAUGACAGCGAACAGCUACAGCUGCACCGUCAGCACGUGCUGCCCAGGGACACAGCUCAAGUUGGGCUUCCCACAACCCUCUGCAGAUUUCAGGGCCUUCCGCGCCAAGCUGGCAGAGAGCAUGGUUACCCUGGACAACUGCAGCGUCACAGAACAGGCCCUCCAAGGUACCGUCCGAGUCAGGAACCUCAGCUUCCAGAAGGACGUGCGUGUGCGCAUCACCUUUGACUCCUGGCAGAGCUACAAAGAUGUGCCCUGUACGUACCUGCAGAAACGAUUCGGAGGACCACAGACGGACAUCUUUGAAUUUGACAUUGCCAUUCCUAAAGUGCUGGAUGCCAAAAGGAAGAUAGAGUUCUGUUUAUGUUAUUCACCUGGAGGGCAGAGCAAACCUUUUUGGGACAAUAACGAUGGACAGAAUUACAGCAUUGCAGUGUGUGUGAGCUCACAUCUCUGUUGUGGGAAGGGUCUAAGUGAAAGGGCAUGA